AUGGCUCCGCAGCAAGAACCACAGGAGCUCCCUACUGAGAAAGUGCAGUCGCCAGAUGUUAAGGACCUGGGAUCAGUUAACAAGAGAGAGAUCGACUCUUCCGACGAGUCUCAAUAUGAUUUUGAAUCCGCCGAGUUCAAGAACAUCCCCGAGUUGGUGCGGACUGUCGUCAGCUUCGAGGACGACCCUUCGCUGCCAGUCCUGACUUUCCGUUCGAUACUCCUCUCAGCGAUAUUCUGCGCCAUCGGUAGUAUUGUUUCUCAGCUGUCCUACUUCCGCACGACCUAUGCGCCUUUCCCAGUAUUCUUUGUGAUUCUGGCAUCCGAUCCUCUUGGUCGCUUUCUCGCACGCAUUCUGCCAGCCUACAAGGUACCGUUGGGGAGAUUCUCAUUCUCUCUGAACCCGGGGCCAUGGUCAACCAAGGAGCACGCAAUUGUUGGUAUUGCCGCAAAUGCUGGGAGUCAGGGUCAAUGGGCUACGUUUCUGCCCACAAACGCUGCCUUGUACUAUGAUAUAACCAUGAAUCCAGCAGUCGCCUUGUUCUUUGGAUGGGGUUCUUCUUUGCUCGGUUUUGCAUUUGCUGCAAUGGUCCGGUCACUCCUGAUAGAUGACCCUGAGUUCAUGUUCCCUCUGUCCUUGCAACAGGUGACGCUCUACCGGAGUAUGGAUACUAGAAACAGAUCCGAGCAGAAAAGGGCCAGGGAUCAGAUGAAGAUGUUCUGGAUUCUGCUCCUGGCGACGUUUGUGUGGCAGUUCCUCCCAGAAUAUCUCUUCCCCUUCGUGGCAUCUCUGGCUCCGCUGUGCUGGUUUGCAAGCCGCAACCAUGCAGUCAACUUCAUCGGAGCCGGGCGUGGAGGCAUGGGACUGCUAAACAUAACCCUCAAUUGGUCCAAUAUCACUUCGACCGUUGUCACGUACCCAUACAGUGUGCAAGUCAUUAUCUUCCUAGCAUUCGUGUUGACGUGUUGGAUCCUAAUUCCUAUUGCGUAUUUUGGAAAUCUUUGGGGGUCGCCGACUUACGAUAUCAUGUCUAAUGAAGUAUUCCAAAAGAACGGGUCGUCGUAUCCGUUGAAUGAUCUAAUCUACAUUGAUUCUAACGGCAUGCAACAUGUCAACGAGACCAGGUACGAGGAAGUAGGGCUUGCCUACUCAGGGGCUCAAUAUACAUGGCAGAUCUUCAUGGUAGAGUCCAUCUUCCAUACUCCUCGCUCGUCUGCUGACAAGUCCGCAGUGGAUGGCCUCGUAUAUGUCUUCCUAUAUUUGGUGUGCUCUGUUUUUGGGCCCUAA